AUGAUGGGCAAGUUAGCGCUUUUCAAGGAUGCUCUGAGUACUUUCUGCAGCACCGAAUUUAUAUCGGAUGAAAAGUACUUUGUCGUCAUCUAUGGAUCCUAUGCCUAUGGCGUGGCUACGCCGAAAUCCGAUGUGGACAUCAUGUUUGUUGCUGACUGUGUUGAUGACGGACGUAUGCAGCGUUGUAUAGAUCUUGUCAAAGAGCUGCAUGUGCAGCACGGCCUACCUCUGGAUACCGAGCUGAAGUACGAACACAAGGUCUUGAUCCCAACAAGCUUCAUGAAAGAGGCUAUCAGCGGCGCAGGCUUCAUGGAUGCUGAUGGGGCAUUUCACAUUCCAGUCAUCCAGAAAACCCAUCAGUGCUUGGAAUCCGUCGCGCUGCGGCAACGCUUCUUGCUGGGGCUGAUGGCCCACAAGCAUGUCUUCAUCACAGGCGACGAGGUCUGGUAUACAGCGACACGCCAGGCAGCACAGUGCAAUUUAGUGACGGCCGUUGCCGCCGCGCGCGGCGUGAAGAGCGUGACGCCGGCGAUACUCAAGAAUCUCCUGCUGCGCAAUGGUGACGAUAUCGGGGAUUUCUACCUGGGGUUCAAGGAUACGCCCACACACCAUGCCUAUCUCGAUGCGCUAUGCCCGCAGAUCUGUGCACGCCUUGCUGCUUCAAACAACUCCACCGAUUUACCUCGGGAUGACGUUGUGAAUCUUUAUAUAGCCGAAACGAACAUAGAUGUGGCUGCACCAGACUUGGACGAACUGAUUCAGCGCGAAUUUGUGACGCAAGAGAAUACCAACGAGGUUUUGGAAAAACUCACCGACGUCUUAAGAGCCGGUCUCAACUUCAAGGCGUGUGACAGGGUGAUUGAACACCUGCCGCAAGACACCUUGAAAGAUAAAAUCUUCCAGCCUAUUCCGCUGGUGGGGCAGAAUUUCGAAGACACGAUGCGCGAAUUCAAAGACAAUGUCAUGCGAUAUUCGACUAAUUUCGGGUCGAAAAACUUCAUGGCGUUCCCAGAUUGUGGCAACUCAGUCGCCGCGCUGGCUGGGGCGAUGAUGGUGAACUUCAUGAAUCAGAACCUCAUCAACUCCAAGCAUUGCGCGCCCACAGCAAGCAUGGUGGAAAUCAAUGUCAUCCAGUGGCUACGGGAACUGGUGGGGUACGAGGUCGAACAUGAAAUCAAGGACAUCUUUGACGCCGGCGGCAUCAUCGUGACUGGCGGCGUGCUGGCGAACACGACGGCGAUGCUGAUGGCGCGUGAGCAUGCCUUUCCGGGUACUAAGGAUAAGGGGAUAUCUUUCGAUCCUGCCUCCGUCCGCGUUAUCUUGCCCAAAUACGUCGACCACUAUAGCAUUCGCUCUAGUUUGGGGUGGCUGGGGCUGGGUGAACAGAACGUCAUCUAUGUCAAUACCCGAAAUUUCAGGAUUGAUCUGGAACACCUCGAGCGAAUUCUGGAAGAAGGCAAGGACAAAUACCGUUUCAUGGCAAUCGUGGCAUAUGCUGGCGACAGUCGUUCGAUGACGAUCGAUAAUUUUGCGGCGAUAUCCAAGAUUGCCCAACAGAAUGGUAUUUGGUUCCAUAUCGACGCCUGUCAUGGCUUACAAUACGCCUUUAGCGACACACUGAAGCCUAAAUUGGGCGAUAUUCACAAAGGUGACAGCAUAACCGUUGACCCACACAAAAUCCUGUUCCUACCCUAUAACCUAAGCGCGGUUUUGGUGAAGGAACCAGGCAGUUUAAGACAAGUUUCGGGCACGUCUGACUUGAUAAUGAAAGAAGAAUACGCCUUUGGGCAGGUGACGCCAUUCAUUGGCAGCAAGGCGUUCUGGAGCCUCAAGCUCUGGUUCAUGUGGAAGACGUUGGGUCGCCAAAAUAUCGGUCGCCUGAUUGAGCGGCGCCACAAUCUUGCUGUCUAUCUAUCCGAACGUCUGGGAGAGCGCCAAGAUUUCAUUGUGCUCAAUCGUGAGGUGAAUAUCAAUUCUGUCAUGUUCAUGUACAAACCCCCGCACGCCCAGCCCCAGCACGCGGCUUUAGACGAAUAUGUGCGGCGCCUGAACAACCUAAACAAGGAAAUUCAGGAUAAGAUGUUCUGUGAGGGCGAUUUCUACGUGCAUACAUUCUCCAUUCCUGACCUAGGCAAUGCUGCGGGCACGGGGCAAAGAAUGUUGCAGCCGCUCCGUUAUAUGUGCGGUAAUCCGCUCACAAAGGAGCAAGAUGUCGAAGAACUCAUCGGGCGCGUGUGCAAAUUGGGCCGGAGCAUCGAGGAAACCCAUUUUCCUUUAAAGCCGAAACCCUGA